AUAUCUAUUUAUAUUGUUAUAGGAUGGUAGAUUACAAAGUGGAGAUCACAUUCUUCAUAUAGGAGAAGUGAACUUACGAGGUAUGGGAUCAGAACAAGUCGCUAUGGUACUUCGUCAGUCUGGAAAUCAUGUACGUCUGAUCGUUGCUCGUCCUGUGGAACCUAGCUCACCUAGUUAUAAUACAUUAAAUACUACUGCGCCUAUUUUACCUACCCGUUUAUUAUCGGAUCCAGAAGAAAUCGAAAGAAAUAUCAGUAUGUUUCAGCAGGCUGUUCAAAACGGAUUUUCUUUUACUCCUCAAUAUAAUAGUCGCGACUUUAACAUGCUGAACCAAUUACCCGAAGGUUUCGAUCCUGUUCAGUUACAGUUGCACAUGGAGCAGUCAUCUCAUUCUACAUCUCCCGACAGAAAUCCUCAUCAAUAUCGUCAAAAACUGCAAGAAGUGCCAGAAGAAGCGGAAGAAUUACCUGAAAUGGAAACUAUUGAUGUUCAGUUAACUAAAGAUCAACUUGGUUUAGGUAUUACUGUGGCAGGAUAUGUCUGUGAAAAAGGUAAGCAAAUUGUUAGAAUAUCUGUCAGUUCACGCGUUCAUAACAAUUAUGUUUAACGAAUAUGUAAAUAAUACAAUUAAUAAUUAAGGUAUUAAUUAUAUAUUUACGAGGUAUAGUGGAAAAACAUGAAAAUUAUAUAUUAUAAUAAGUUUCCAUAAUCUCGGUCGUUUAAAUUACUUAGGCCUACUGUGUAUUUCCUCUGUGAGAUUUUUAAAUCGAUUCAGAUUUGGGUUUAUUUAGUCUUUCACUAAUACCGUACAGUAAAUAGGUUUGCCUAUGCCUGAAGAAUUGAUUUCGGAAGUUCUCUAUUUUAGGAGUAAAAAUUUUGUUAGGUUAGACGUUUUUGAAUUCUUAACAACGUCAAAAUUGUUGCUACGGAGGGCUGUGAGGUAGCUAAGUCCCCUUAUCUUAGUCGAUAGUGCUCAAAUGCAGUAUAUAUAAUACAGUUUAUGCUUUCUCUUUCAUCGCGCAAACUUAAACUACUGUUACGUUUUACUUCUCUGUCUAUUAUAACACGAAAAAGUAUUGUAUUGUAAUCAUCUCAAAUUUUUACUUUCUUGUUACUUUCCUGGCUGUUUUAACAAUAUUGUAAUUGUGCCAUUUUUGACUCCUGGUUUUUGAAAUCGUAAUGUUUUGGCACCUCUGGACAAAAAAAUUAAAAUAACUGAUACUCGAAAUGGAUCUGUGUUGGCGUCUAUUUCGUUUAAUAUUGCAGGAUGGGUUAAAAAUUAAGUAACAUUUGGCAUGAUAAUUUGUAUAUAAGGGGCAUUGAUAACUUUGGUAAUUAAAGGUCGAAGGGAUGGGAAAUAGUGGGGGUCACGAGGCAUUUUAGAUUGAGGUCGGACUUAAUGAAAAUUUUAAUAGUUAUUGAUAUUUACAAUAUUUUAAAAAAUUCAUUCUCUACACUCAGAAUUAAGCCUUUUGCUUUUUGUUAUAGACUAAUUAAUAAUACAAAAGUGUUUUUAUAAUAAAAUCUCGUAACAGAUGGCGCCACACAAUUUUAUUUAUUAUAAUUAAUAAUAUAAAAAUUGUAUUUUUAAUAAAAUCUCAUAACAGCCGGGAAAGUUAUUCAUCUCGUUUCUGGAUUUUUUUUACAAUUGGACUGUAGCUAAUAGGCCUAGCGCUGGCAGGAAGAGAGAAAGAUACUACGAGUAGUCAGAAUUUUUUCAGCUUUCAUCUCUAACCCCCAAUGAUUUAUUCCUGGCUACGAGACUGCACAUAUUCUUAGACGACCAACAUACAGAUUAUAUAUUACAAAGACUAAAUUGUUAAGAAAAUAAUAGAAAGAAUAAGGUUCAAUUUGAAAGUCGAAAAGUUUCAAAAUUUUUGCCAAAUUUCGGAAUCCAGGCGAAUCGGGAGUUGGAACUCUAUUUGUAGUUCAUAUAGAUCUGGAUUGCACGGGAACCCAAGAUUAUUCCUAUUCUUGCAUCUAGGCCAUUCAGAUAUAAUAAAUUAAUUUACUUUUCGAUACUGAAUUAAACGCGUUGUUACGUAAGUUAGAUAAUAUUAUUUAUUAUACUAUACUGUCUUACAUUACAUUA